AUGAGUUUGUUUCUAAGUAGGGUAUCUGGCUUGUGUUUGGUUCGCCCUUUACGUCCAACAGCCCUAUUCCUUGCGAAACCCUUGACUGUCUCGCAAAGGCAAACAUUCUUUGGUUGCAGGACUCUUGCCACAGGCUCCAACGUUAAUAUAUUGCAACAGCAAGAACAAAUAGCAAACGGAGAUCUCAAGAAUAGUUCCGCGCAGUUGGAAUUUUACAAGAAAUUGUUAGCAAACAACUAUCCACAGAUUGUUGUUCAACGUUAUGAAACCCCAGGAAUUGCAUCGUCCCCCGAGUGCACUAGCUUGUAUAUUGAUGCAUUAAAUAAGAUCGGAAUGAAGGACAAAGCAGAACAGGUCGCUGGUUCAUUUGCACACAUGAAUACUAAUACAAGCAAUAGUGUUUUGCCUAAUGGCUUUGGUUCCAAGUACGAGCCAGUUCAUGUUGUUGUAUCCGAGUCUUUUUUCACUAUAGUUUCUAAGUGGCUCAAAUGGUUGAUACCUAUCGCUUUACUAACAUAUGGUGCCACUAAUGCAUUUAACUACUUAGUUGAAAAUGGCACUAUCUUCAAAAAUUCUGAAGUUGUGGACAAGUCCGUCGACGUUUCUCAAUCGACUGUUAAAUUCAAGGAUGUUUGUGGCUGUGAUGAAGCCAGAGCCGAGUUGGAGGAAAUUGUUGACUUCUUGAAGGAUCCGUCUAGAUUCACUGGGUUAGGAGGAAAAUUACCUAAAGGUGUUCUUUUAACGGGCCCUCCAGGUACCGGUAAGACAUUAUUGGCACGGGCAACUGCAGGUGAAGCCGGUGUGCCAUUCUUUUUCAUGUCGGGAUCCGAAUUCGAUGAACUUUACGUUGGUGUUGGUGCGAAGAGAAUUAGAGAAUUGUUUUCUCAAGCUAGAGAUAAAUCUCCGGCAAUCAUUUUUAUUGAUGAAUUAGAUGCGAUUGGAGGUAAACGUAAUCCAAAGGAUCAGGCUUAUGCAAAGCAAACUUUGAAUCAAUUAUUGGUAGAAUUAGAUGGAUUUUCUCAAAGUGAAGGUAUUAUUAUUAUAGGUGCUACCAACUUUCCAGAAUCUUUGGAUAAAGCUCUCACUAGACCGGGAAGAUUUGACAAAGAAGUUGUUGUAGAUCUACCAGAUGUUCGUGGUCGUGUUGAUAUCUUGAAACAUCAUAUGGAAAAUGUUGAAACCUCAGAAGAUGUAGAUCCCUCAAUCAUUGCUAGAGGAACUCCGGGUCUUUCUGGAGCUGAACUAAUGAAUUUGGUCAAUCAAGCUGCUGUGCAUGCUUCACAAUUAUCAGCUCCAGCUGUUGAUAUGGCACACUUUGAGUGGGCAAAGGAUAAAAUCUUGAUGGGAGCAGCAAAGGAGAAGAUGGUAAUUACCGAAGAGGCAAGAAAAAACACAGCAUAUCAUGAGGCAGGUCAUGCUAUAAUGGCAAUGUAUUCUAAAGGUGCAACUCCCUUAUACAAGGCAACAAUAUUACCUAGAGGAAGGGCCUUAGGUGUCACAUUUCAACUUCCAGAAAUGGACAAGGUUGAUAUGACUAAAAAGGAAUGCUUCGCGAGAUUGGAUGUUUGUAUGGGAGGAAAAGUGGCCGAAGAAAUGAUUCAUGGACCUGAAAAUGUGACUAGCGGCUGCUCUUCUGAUCUAGCUAAUGCUACGAGUGUCGCGAGAGCGAUGGUAAACUCUUACGGCAUGAGCGAUAAGAUCGGCCCAGUCAGACUUAGUGAUGAUUGGGAAUCAUGGUCUUCAAAAAUCAGGGAUAUGGCAGAUAAUGAAGUUAGAGACUUCUUGCUUGAGUCGGAAGUCAGAACUCGAAAGUUAUUGAGUGACAGAAAGACGGAAUUGAGACGCUUAGCUGAAGGCUUGAUAGAAUAUGAGACUUUGACUAGAGAUGAAAUGGAAAAGAUAGUCAAAGGAGAACGUAUAAACAAAGCUAAGAGUAUUAGUAACCCUAUCAUUAAAUCUCCAAGCUCAGGAAGAAGAGAAGUUAUCAAUGAUCCUACACCAGUACCUGUAGAAGCGUAA